AUGGCUCCAGGAAGUAAAAAGAAGGGGAAAAAAGUACCUUCUGGACCUGUUGCCGAUAAGCCUUGUCAUAACUGUCGACGUCGAAGACUUCGCUGUGAUCGUCAACUCCCCCACUGCGCAAAGUGCGACGCAAAAGGCGUUGAGUGUCUGGGCUAUUCUCAGAUCUUUCAGUGGACGGGUGCUGUUGCUUCAAGGGGAAGACUCGCUGGCCAGCAGUCCAGCGCUGCCUUGUACUCCCCAGCACGUCCUUCUACUGCCCGCUCAAGAGCGUCGUUAUCUUCUGUUUCUUCCCUCUCGUCAAAUUCACCUGCAUCUACUUCAUCCGCAUCAUCCGUCGCUUCGCCAUCCGUUCCCUCGUCCUCACCCGCCUUUAUUGCCCCAAGCCUUUCUCAAGUCGAGGAGGUUACAGAAACGUCAGACGCCGAGUCUGGAACGGAAAUAGAUCUGUUCAUUGACAUCGAUAACAACGUCGACGAUGAGAACGAAGAUGAAGAUGAUGCUGCGACCCCCCUAGCGAGUCGUGAUACACAACUCGUCUGUACCACCAUCCACAACCAGAACCAUCCCCUGGCAUCGGAAACGUCGACUCCGUGGGUGCUCGUCGAUCCCUUGUACCAAGACAUUACGAGCAACCACAGACAGUAUCUCGCUUAUUCCUACGACGUGCCCGACAACCCCUUUCGAAAUCUACUCAAAUUCACUCAGGCCCACCCUCUGCUACGUCAGGUCAUCAUCGCCGCCUCGGCAACGCACAUGUACAACCGCUCUCGCCCGUGGCUGUCCUCGGACUCGCUAGAAAGAGGUCUUGGCCCGAGGAAUCUGCUCAUGGAUGCUCUCGAGGCUAAGCAUCAGGUAUUGCGCAUGUUGCCGUCUGCCCUGCAGAGUAUUGAGUCUAUCGGGGGUGACAUUGUCCUGGCCGCGAUUCUCUUCCUGAUCAAUGUAGAGCUGAUAGAGUCUGGCAAACAUAAUUGGAAGGCUCACUUCGAUGGCGCUGGGAAGAUCAUGAAGUUGCUUGGGCCUGUUUCUGAUGUGGACGAGAGCUUGAGGGACUACAUUGUAUCCGACUGCUUCAUCUACUACUGUUGCCCACCGCAACUCCUCGAAAUUAUGCUAAUAGCAGCUCGACUUUCUAACACAAAACCGGACGAUAUGGUCUCGGCUGACAUGGUCACUGCCGCUGGAGCAGCAUUACUAGACCGUGCUAGGAAUUUCGACGUUAUACCGUGGGCGCAAGAUAUCGACCUCAGCACCAUCCCCCCUACCGAGCAAGAUCCAGUGUUAAGUCGAUUUAGAGUCGCAACAUCCCAUCGUCUCGCCAUCUGUCUCUACAUUCUUCAUGCGAUACCCACGGUGGGAGCUUGGGUCGGUGAAGAUCUCGCAGACACGAUAUUUUCCGAACUACAUCAAGUGCUGAGCAUUAUUCCCGACGACGAUACGAACUUCAAGGCUACGACAUGGGUUACGUUUGUGUUUGGCGCGUGUGCCAGGACAGCAGAGAUGAAGGACUGGGUUACUGUUCAGAUCAAGAAGCUUAUGCUUGAGUCACCUUGGGGAUUCUUAUAUGCAGCGCGAGAUGCUCUGCAGAUGUUAUGGAGCGUUCAGGCUGAAGGGAUGCCGAUGACGAGCUGGGUUCAGACGUUGAGGGAUCUACAUAUGGACUUUUUGAUUGUUUGA